AUUAUACAUAUUUGUUAUUGUUUUUUUUUAUUAUUAUUAUUAUUUUCUGUCGUUUUUGUCCGUUGAAUUCCAUCUUGAGUUUGUAUAUUGUAUUCUCGUGCAUCGAAACAAACGCAACUGCUUGAAAAGUAAAUAAGAAUCGCAUUCAAAAGAAUUUUGUGGUCAAUGUAAUGUGGAGGAAAAAGAUGUACAAUAAUUUAAUUAAAUUCUAUUUUGAAUUAGUGCAACGAUCGCGAUAGUGAAAAUCAAAAACAAUUCUAUAUAAUCCAAGAGCUAAGAAAGUGUUUAAAAGAAAGAGAGAGAUCAACAUUUUUGGAUAUUUAUACAUGUAUUAUAUCAAUUUCACGUGCUUUGACGAGAAAGAUAGGAAAUAAAAUAAAAUAAAAUAAAAUAAAAUAAAAGAGUGCCCAGUGACAAGAGUCUGAAAAAGAAAAAUUUAAUUUUAUAAAUAAAUAUCUAAGGAGCUGAAUGAACGGGGCUGAAAAAGAUAAUCAGGCCCAAAUUGGAAGAAACAAACAAAAUUAGUGGAAAAUUGAAUCAUGGCAAAUAAAUUAUCCGUGAUUCAUAGUUAAUUCGACAAAAAAGAGACUCGUUAUUCUAAAAGUGAUAAAUUUCAAAGGAAAAAGUUUAAAAACGACGAACGAUAAGGAUGCUCUUUCAGUGAUCCGAGUGAUUUAAAUAUGAAAUGAGAAGAAGACACAAAAAAUUCUAAAGAAAACAAAACGGUUAAAUAGUGAUUCAUAAAAACAGGGAAAAAAAAUGAAAAUUGAUAAUGUUCGUUUGACUUGCUAAUGCAAUGUGUUCGUUUCAUUUACUUCAUUGAUAAUAUUGGAUUCAUCCGAAAUCAAGCCAAUACAUAAAAAUCCGUGUGAAUCGUUCUGACAUCGUAGUCGGUCAGUUGAUGACGAUUCACACGCAACACCACAUCCAUACAUAUGAUUUAAUUUGAUUGAACGAAUCAAUAGAAAAGUUGUCGAGAAUUCUUUUGAAAAGCAAAGAAUUUCUCCAACACACACGAAGUUUAUUCGACAAUAUUUGUUCGUAAGAUUUUAAUGAAUAUCGUACGAAACAUUUGGUGAGAGCUGUCAAAAGAUGACGCUUCCCGUACAAUCGCAAGAUGAACAACUGCAACCGGAACGAACGUAUAAAUUAUUGGGUGGCAUGGCGGUACCAUCGAAUUCUGCAAAUCCAUCGGUUGGCCGAAUGAAUGAUAUGAUGAUGAUGAAUCGUGGUCAUGCAAGAUCAAUCAGCCAUGGUGGUUCGGCCAGUUCGAAUGCCGGUUCAGCUGGACGUCCGUUAAAAUCAGCAAUGAAAGGCCAUCAACGAGCUCUAUCACAUGGUCAAAUAUCCGAUGAAGCGCCCGUACCAACACCACGUUCCGGCCACAAUCGAGCCGGUUCAAAAACCGAUUUUAUUCUACCACCAACACACAAAGAAGAGCAACCGCAUCGUGAUUUAGCGGCCACAUCAGCCCAUUCGAUGAGCCAUUCACGGCAAGCAUCCAGAAGUGAAUCGAUAUAUACAUUACGUCAAUCGGAAAUACCACCAUUUUGGAAGCGAUACUUUCUCGGUCGACGAAAUAGUAAAUUUGACGAUCGUGGCUACCGAAUUGUUGUACCAAAUCACACUGUGCCAAGUAAAACACCGAAACGUGAUCAUCCAAAUGGACGAUAUGUUCAAAAUAAAAUAAGAACCACCAAAUAUACUCUGUUGUCGUUUUUGCCGAAAAAUCUUUUAGAACAAUUUCAUCGUGUUGCAAAUUUGUAUUUUAUAUUUAUUGUUGUUUUGAAUUGGUUCAUUGACGCAUUUGGCAAAGAAAUUUCAUUGAUACCGGUUUUAUUUGUGCUUGGCGUAACGGCGAUCAAAGACUUAUUCGAAGACCGACGACGACGUGCAUCUGAUAAACGAAUUAAUAAUUCAACGUGCCGUGUUUACAAUGGAGCGUUCGAACGGUAUAAAAAGGUGAUGUGGCGAAAUGUAAGCGUGGGUGACAUCGUGCAUUUAUCAAAUAAUGAAACAGUUCCUGCCGAUAUCCUAUUGCUGCGAACGAGCAAUCCGCAUGGUGUAUGCUACAUAGAUACCUGUGAUUUGGAUGGUGAAACAAAUUUGAAACUACGUGAAGUUGUGCGUGGUUUUAUCGAUAAACAACAAUUAUUUACACCGAGUAAAUUCACUAGUCGUGUUGAAGUCGAUUUGCCAACAACGAAAAUUUUCAAAUUUAAUGGCGCAUUGAUACAUCCAACUGGUGAACGUGUUCCAGUAUCCACUGAAAAUUUACUGUUACGAGAGAGUAGACUUAAAAAUACGGAUUUUGUCGAAGGAAUCGUUGUGUAUGCGGGCCAUGAAACAAAAGCAAUGCUGAAUAACAGUGGGCCACGUUACAAGCGAUCUCAGCUGGAGCAACAAAUGAAUUACGAUGUGAUUUGGUGCGUUGUAAUUCUGUUGGUUAUGUGUAUUAUUGGUGCCAUUGGUUGUCGAGUAUGGUUAGCGCCGUUCGUUGGAAAAUCCAUUCUAUUUUUGCCGUUUGAAGUGAAUGCUAACGGUGAAGCGUUCUUCACAUUUUGGACUUAUGUCAUCAUUUUGCAAAUUAUGAUCCCCUUGUCAUUAUAUGUUACCAUUGAACUGUGCAAAAUUCUACAAGUCUAUCACAUACACAAUAAUUCGGAUUUGUAUGAUAUUCAAACAAAUAAACGCACCGAAUGUCGGGCAAUGAAUAUUACAGAGGAAUUGGGACAAGUAAAACAUAUAUUUUCGGAUAAAACGGGCACGCUCACCGAAAAUAAAAUGCUCUUUCGGAAAUGCACGGUUAAUGGUGCCGAUUAUAAUCACACACCAUCCGAAUUGGAGAAAGCCUAUAUGAAACCAGGCGCACCAGCACCACCAAUUAUGAUCAAUCCACAAUUAACAGAAGACAUGGUUGCUGCAUAUUUUAGUGAUACGUACACAAAACAAGCACAACGAAUUCAAGAAUUUUUCCUAGUUUUAUCCAUUUGUAAUACGGUCAUUGUGAGUGCUGUGCCACAUCACGAUAAUAUGAACGCAAGUGGUAUGAUUGAAACGCCAAAAAGUAAAUCCAAAUCAGGACAAAAUAAUGGAAGCAACGGAAUUGCAAAAGAUCAAUAUAACCUUAGAAUAAUGCACGAUAAAACCAUCAAUUCACCCGAAUCUCGUACGUUAACGUCACCACCGAAUUCACUGAGCGUAAAACAAAAUCAUGUGCCAUCUUUGUCACCGAUAAAUAGUUCAACCGAAUCAACGCCCACUUCAGAUAGUCCACCGAUGAAAUUCAAAGCGAGCAACAAUGAUUUUUUGCGUGGAUCCAAAGCGAAAUCAAUAAUCUCAUCUAUUUUGAAUAACAAGAUUGCUAAGCGUAAUUUAUUUCUUAGAAAACCGGCAACAACACCAGAAAUUUCGAUCUCAGAUGGACGCCCAAUCUAUGAAGCUGAAAGUCCCGAUGAAUUGGCGCUAGUGAAUGCGGCUUUUAGUUAUGACAUGUGUUUGAUAAGUCGUACACCAAGUCAUAUAUUGGUGAAUGCGGUCGGUCGUGGUCAAAUUGAGUUCGAAGUACUUAAAAUACUGCCAUUUGAUUCGAAUCGAAAAUCGAUGUCGGUGGUCGUACGACAAACGGGAACACAAGAUAUAAUACUAUAUACAAAAGGUGCCGAUACAUCAGUCAUGCCAGCUCUGGCACCCAUCAAAAGUGAUCAAUUCGAAGCCGAAUUAAGAGAGAAAACUCAACAGCAUUUGGAUUUAUAUGCAAAACAAGGUCUUCGGGUUUUAGUAAUGGCAAAGCGGCAUUUGAAGACACAAGAAUUUGCCGAAUGGGCGGCAAAGCACAAGGAAAUUGAACUAUCCAUGGAACACAAUCGUGAAAAACGAAUUCGUGAAUCAUUUUUAUUACUUGAGAAAAAUCUCACACUGCUUGGUGCGACUGGCAUAGAGGACCGAUUGCAAGAUGGUGUACCAGAAACAAUUAUCUCACUUCGCAAAGCUGGUAUUGCGAUUUGGGUAUUGACCGGUGACAAACCUGAAACAGCCAUUAACAUUGCUUAUUCAGCAAAACUUUUCCAACCAAACAUGGAAUUAUUGAGGCUGAUGGCAAGAUCAAGAGAUUCGGCCGAGAAUUCCAUUCGAUUUUAUUUAAAUGAAAUAGGAAAACAAGAAAUUAGCUCCAGUUCAAGGCCGGCAAAUAGACAACGGGCUCUUGUCGUCGAUGGCAAGACAUUAACCUAUUUGUUGGAUCCAAGAUCGAAUUUAACUAGACCAUUUCUUACGUUGUGUCAACAUUGUGCCUGCGUAUUGUGUUGCCGUUCGACUCCACUGCAAAAAGCGUACCUUGUGAAAGUGGUGAAGGAAGAGAUGAACAUUAGUACAUUGGCAAUUGGAGAUGGAGCAAACGAUGUCUCAAUGAUUCAAAUGGCUGACGUAGGCGUUGGCAUUUCGGGACACGAGGGCAUGCAAGCUGUCAUGGCAUCCGAUUUUACAAUGUCAAGAUUUAAAUUUUUGGAGAAACUUUUACUCAUACACGGAUUUUGGUCAUAUGAUCGUUUGGCUCGUAUGAUUUUGUAUUUCUUCUACAAAAAUGCGGCGUUCGUUUUUCUUGCAUUUUGGUAUCAAAUGUACUGUGGUUUUUCGGCACAAGUGAUGAUCGAUCAAAUGUAUUUGAUGUUGUUUAACCUAGUCUUUACGGCAUUACCACCACUUGUGAUUGGGGUGUAUGAUAAAACAAUACCAGAAGAUUUACUCUUUUCAAAACCAUAUCUGUACAAAUAUAGUCGCUUAGGUCUAGCGUAUAAACCAAUAUCUUUUUGGCUUGUCAUGUUGGAUGCGGUGUAUCAAAGUUUAGUCAUUUUCUUUGUGGCCGAAGGAGCAUACGCUGGUUCCGAUGUUGAUAUUUGGGAGUUUGGAACGACAAUGACCACAUCGUGUUUGUACACAAUGUUAGUUCACUGUGCCAUUGGAAUUCGAUCAUGGACAAUACUUCAUGUGGCAUCGAUAGUUGUCAGUUUAGCUUCAUAUUAUGCGUUUGCGAUGACAUACAAUUCGCUGUGCGUCACUUGUUUAGGCAUACCAUCAACGUAUUAUGUGAUAUUUAUGUGCUUGAAGUCGCCAGUUCAUUGGCUUAUAAUUUUCUUGACUGUCGUAAUUGGUGUGCUUCCCAAUUUUUUGGUACAAGUCACACGUACAAUGUUCUGGCCCGAUGACAUUGACCGAGAAGUAUUACAAAGUCGAACAGACACACAAGUAAACUCUGACUUGUUGGUGACAUGGUCACGCUCAACAUCAGCAUCGUCUAUAUACAGAGCCGUUGAGCAUACUCCGAAGCAACAGAUUAUCUCAACAAUUGGAUAAGUAACAGUAAUCUGGUUACAUAUCACAGAACAACGCUCAUUUCCCAAACUAAAGUCAAAAGUAUUGGAAAUUUUGAAAUGCAGCACAUCAACGAGACACAUUUUCAUCCGAAUAGAGAUAAAAAGAGAGAGCAAGAGAUAGAGAGAGAUAGAAGAUGUAAUCCAAAACUUGCCAAAAUGCAUAUCUCCCAACGACGCAACAUUUAAAAGUUUAAUCGUGUAUAAAUCUGUAGUUAAAAAUUGUGAAUUUUUUUUUGUUUUGAAAUGUUAUUUGUUGUGAAAAAAAAAAGUAUUAUUACAUUGUGAAAAAGAAAGAAAAUUUUCAGUAAAAAUAUUUAACUACAAUUCUGGCAAAAUUAGUCGAAAACAUUUGAUACCAUUGUAUCCGUGAGUGUAUUAUGCAGGUGCCCUAAAACUGCACGAAUUUGACUUGUUCUAACUGAAGGAGGUGCAAACCAAUGAAUUAUGUGGCCUUUACAAAAUGCAGUUUCAACGAAAUAGUUAAACAAUUUUUAAAUCAAUACAGUCCCAAUGAUUUGAAAUACAAAUUAAAUAGAAUACUAAUUAGGGAAUCAAAAAGAAAAAUAACAAGAGCAUAAAACAACACAGACUUUAUAAACAAAUCUAUAUAUAUAUAUUUACAAAUACGAACUUAUUUUGUGAGAAAAAUGAACAUUUUUGUAUUUGGGCCAUGAUUUAAAAGACAUAAUAUUGUGUAAGAUAACAAUAAUAACAAUGAAUUAGUCAAGACGUUUUGUGGGCGCGGAUGAUAAAGAAAACAUUUAUUAUCAAAUAUGGCUGUGAAAUUAAUUAAAAUAUAAAUACAAUAAAUGUUAAUUUUGUAAA